AUGACAUUAAACGCUCUUGAAUGCAUUCUGUCGUCCGAGAAGAGCAUCCUGGACGAGUCAAGCUUUAUCGCGAGUUUUCGGGUCACUCCAAAGGAAUGGAAAGAGUAUCCCUAUCUUGUGCGUAUCUUAUUGUCUCUUGCCCAACUUCAGGAGCGCCUUCUGAAUUCCAAAAGGCCAACAACCCAUCUCGCUCGGUUCACCUCGAACCCGUUAGUGAUGCUUGCCAACCCGACAACUGGCUCAACUCAAUUGAACCUUCCUACCAUCAAACGGAGGCAAAUUUCGCGCAACUCCAACAUGGAAGCGGCGAAGCCUUCUGGCUUCCAGGCCGAGUCGCAAGAGCCCCAAGGCACGACAUCAGUCAUCACCGAGGAACCCAGCGAUGGUUUAAUCCCAGUGCUAUCGCUCAUUCCCACUGAGACCUUCGAGGAACAAUUGGCUGCACUAAAUCUUCCGUCUGUUUCGGAUACGAGAGACGAACUGAUCUUGACAUUAUCAAUUAACACGUUAAACGAACGUACAACCUACGAGCAAUAUGAUGACUUCAUCUCUGCAUGA